GGCCAUGGAGCGUGCAGGAGGGAGCUGAUUGGUGCUGCCGCGGCGGUGGGCGGGCAGAGCAGCUGCGCCCUCCUCUGUGUGUACCGUGGAGGCGGCGAUGGGCGCCGGGAUGGACCCGGUGGAGUCUCGGUGCGAGGAGUCGGAGGGGAGGGUGUACCUGGACUACAACGCCACCACCCCCCCGGCCCCCGAGGUGGUCCAAGCCGUGCGGGAUGCCAUGAGCCAGGCCUGGGGCAACCCCAGCAGCUCCUACCCCGCAGGGAGGAAGGCAAAGGAGCACAUUGGCAGUGCCCGGGAGAGCGUGGCGAGGAUGGUGGGAGGCCGGCCAGAGGACAUCGUCUUCACCUCGGGGGGCACGGAGGCAAACAACAUGGUGAUCCAGACUGCCUGCAGGCACUUCCACAACAGCCAGGCCAUGCCCGGGGACAGCUGGGGGACACCACACAUUGUCACAUCGAGUGUGGAGCAUGACUCAGUCCGACUGCCACUGGAGCAGCUGGUGAAGGAGGGCUUGGCAGAAGCCACUUUUGUGCCUGUGUCCCAGAGAAGUGGGCAGGCUGAGGUGGAUGAUGUCCUUGCUGCCAUCCGGCCGACCACCUGCCUGGUUUCCAUCAUGUUGGCUAAUAAUGAGACUGGGAUCAUCAUGCCUGUCAUGGAGCUGAGCCAGCGUGUCCAUGCCCUCAAUCAGCUGAGAGUGGCGAAGGGGCUGCCCAGGAUCCUAGUGCACACAGAUGCAGCGCAGAUGAUUGGCAAGGGUCGCGUGGAUGUGCAGGAGCUGGGGGUGGACUACCUCACCAUCGUGGGACACAAGUUCUAUGGCCCGCGGAUUGGCGCGCUGUACGUGCGCGGCCCUGGCACCACCACCCCGCUACACCCCAUGCUCUUCGGAGGGGGACAGGAGAGGAGUUUCCGGCCAGGCACUGAGAACACCCCAAUGAUUGCCGGCCUUGGCAAGGCUGCAGAGUUGGUGAGCAAGAACUGGGAGACCUAUGAGGCUCAUAUGCGGGAUGUUCGAGAUUACCUGGAGGCCAAGCUGGAGACUUCCUUUGGGAAGCAGAGGAUCCACCUCAACAGCCACUUUACAGGCUCCAAGCGACUUUGCAACACCUCUAACUUCUCCAUCCUGGGCCCAGGCCUUCAAGGGCGAAGGGUGCUGUCCUGCUGUAAGAUGCUUCUCGCCAGUGUUGGGGCUGCCUGCCACUCUGAGAAAGGGGAUAGGCCCUCCUUGAUUCUGCUCAGCUGUGGGAUCCCCUAUGAUGUGGCACAGAACGCCUUGCGGCUGAGCGUGGGGCGGGACACCACCCGGGCCGACGUGGACCUGGUUGUGCAGGACCUCAUACAGGCUGUGGCGCAGCUGGACCAGGACCAAGCCCCAUAGAGCUUGGGAAUUGCUUGCUCCCUGGCCAUCAGGCAGGUUCUUGGGAUGCGGUUGUGUCUGAUUGACUCCUGGCUCCCUGUAUCAAUUUGGGCUCAGGGUUUGGCAGGA